AAUUAGAACCUUUAUCUCUCCAAUUAUUAGUCCAUUAUUAUUAUUAUCUUAAUUGUUAAUAAUUUAUUAGCACUAUAAUUAGGCCCAUAAAUGUAGGUGCAUCCACCACCAAAAACCAUAUCAAAUUUCAAGUACACCAAUCGUUCCCGUUUCUCAAUCACCGUAGAAAGCAAUGGCAGCAACUUCACUCGUUUCUUCUUCUUCUUGCUCCAACAUUCUUUCAUUUAAUCCGAUUUCCAGCACGACCCGAAACCAAAAGCGGAAGGUUUCUUCAACUAGGGUUUUUGCAUCGAGCAGAAAAGGAGGUGAUCAUGCAGACCAGUACUACGAAAACUACAGCAGCAGGCUAGUGGACGAGAGCAUGAUUGUUCUCCGGAAGAGAGUUCACGAAAUGAAGAUGGUGGAGAGAAACUACGAGCCUCCGUCGGAUUGGAUGGACUGGGAGAAGCGAUAUUACACCACCUACGAUUCGUUUAUAUGCCAAGUCAUGGGCUUCUUGCAGUCCCACUUGAUGGACACAAGGCCAAGUUUUGCUUUGGCAUUCUUGGCUUUGGUCGUUUUGAGCGUGCCUACUUCAACGCUUAUGGUUUUCUUCCAACUUUUGGAGCUCGCAAAGGGGGUCGGUCUUCACUAGCGGCUAUAUAUAUAUAUAUAUAUAUAUAUAUAGUAAUUUGUUUGUAUAAAUACAUAGACAUGUAGGAUUCCAAGUUAAUGAAAUAAGUUCUUUCGUCAAAAAUUUCAAGGAAGUUUUGGUUC